UGCGAAUAAAAUGUAUAAUUAUAUUUUGAUAUUUUAAAUUAUUCUUAAAAAAAUAAAAUAGAUAGUUUAAAAUUUAAUAUAAAAAAAUUAUAUAUAAAUGUGAAUUAAAAAAAAAAGUUGGUCCAAUAUUGUAGGUAUGUAUAGAUAACAAAUUCUAAACCUUGAAGUUCGCUUUCUUGAAAGUUCAAUUAUAUCUAUCUGUUCAUAGUUUCAAAAAACGCACUAUAACUGAAAACGCGACUCUAGUAGAAACUGUAUAGCAUUGGAGCAAUAGUACUUGAGAGGAGGUUAUAAAAUUGGUAUGGCAAUCGCUUCAGGUCUGGUUUCUAAAGAGCAACUCAAACUUUACCAAACUUGGUUCAACUACGCUGAUUCAGAUCGAGAUGGUAGGUUGACUGGAAAGGACGCCAUUAGUUUCUUUGCCAUGUCCGGUUUAACCAAGCCGGAACUCAAGCAGGUUUGGGCAAUUGCUGAUUCCAAGCGACAGGGAUUUUUAGAUUUGAAGGAGUUUGUUACUGCAAUGCAGCUCAUAUCUUUGGCCCAAGAAGGGAACACGCUGACAUCAGAUCUUCUAAAGAGCACAGCCAAUUUGGAUAAGCUUGAUCCACCUUGUAUGGAAGGUUUGGAGAAUGCUCUACUCGAAAACAAUAGAAGUCAUGGGUCAAAUGAUGAUUCUGAAACAAAUGGAAACAUACAGCUACCCCCAACUCCACGAAAGGGUUUUUUCAGCACUAAGUCCAAAAAGAAGAGCCACAAUCCUCUCCCUGCUGUGACUUCAGUGAUUGAUGGUUUGAAGAUAUUGUACAACGAGAAGCUAAAGCCCCUGGAAUCUACCUACCUUUUCAAUGAUUUCGUGUCUCCUUUUUUGACUUGUAGUGAUUUUGAUGCCAAACCUAUGGUUAUGCUUUUGGGACAGUAUUCCACUGGAAAGACAACAUUUAUCAAACACUUACUCAAGUGCAGCUAUCCAGGUGCUCAUAUUGGUCCUGAGCCCACGACUGACCGAUUUAUUGUUGUCAUGUCUGGGGCUGAUGAAAGAAGCAUUCCUGGAAAUACUAUUGCCGUCCAUGCUGAUAUGCCUUUUACUGGCUUGACUACCUUUGGUGGAUCAUUUCUGUCAAAGUUUGAGUGUUCUCAGAUGCCACAUCCAUUGCUCGAACAUAUAACAUUUGUUGACACUCCCGGCGUUCUAUCUGGAGAAAAGCAACGAACACAGAGAAGCUAUGAUUUCACAGGAGUAAUAUCAUGGUUUGCAGCAAAAUGUGAUUUAAUACUCCUACUAUUUGAUCCUCAUAAACUUGACAUCAGUGAUGAGUUCAAGCGGGUCAUUUCAUCACUUCGUGGUCAUGAUGACAAGAUACGAGUAGUGUUGAAUAAAGCUGAUCAAGUUGAUACCCAACAGUUGAUGCGAGUUUAUGGUGCUCUAAUGUGGUCGCUUGGAAAAGUUCUUAACACUCCGGAGGUUUCUCGAGUCUAUAUUGGAUCAUUCAAUGACAAGCCUGUGAAUGAAGAUAGCGCGGGUCCUAUUGGAAAAGAACUCUUUGAGAAAGAACAAGAUGACCUCCUCCUAGACUUGAUCGACAUACCAAAGAAGGCUUGUGACAGAAGGAUCAACGAAUUUGUGAAACGAGCUAGAGCUGCCAAGAUCCACGCCUACAUAAUCAGCCAACUCAAAAAGGAGAUGCCGGCUUUGGUGGGGAAAGCCAAAGCUCAGAAACGGCUUAUAGAUAAUCUCGAAGAUGUAUUCCAAAAGGUUCAAAGAGAAUUUCAUCUACCGGCUGGAGACUUUCCGAGUGUGGAGCAAUUCAAGGAGGUCUUGGUUCGUUACAACAUCGACGAUUUUGAGAAGUUGAAGCCGAAAUUGAUUCAGGCUGUUGACGACAUGCUUGGCUAUGAUAUCCCGGAGCUGUUGAAGAAUUUUAGAAACCUUUAUGAAUAAAAAUGGAGGUAAGAAGAAACACGUCAAGAAUACUUGACGUUUGGUGAUUGUGUUGGGAGUCAUAUCUUAACAAGCUUUUGUUUGCAAUUAUAUCCAAGUUCAACUCAAAAUUUAAUUCUGGUUGUGGAUGUCACCAAUUCUGUAAUUUCUUUUUACAUGAUUGAAAUGAUAGUGUGUAGAUUUUGGUUUUAUAAGAAUGAUUUUAUUUCAUUUCAA